AUGAUACUUGACAAAAUCAACAUUUCCCGUCUUAUGGUGCAUGCUAGAAUAGUUGAGGAAGCAAGGGCUAAGAGAACAAGUGGAGAUGCUAUGAGCGAAAGAUCACAUGAGGGUGGUGCUACAAAGAAUAGGCAAGAGAUCAAAGAACAGUCUAAUAAAGGUUUUGUAGCAAAGUUCCAUCCGAAAUUUCCUAAGGCUCGUGAUGAUAAGGUGCCAAAGCCUAGGGCCAAAAAGGAAAGGAGUGGGAACUCACCAAAUGAGAAGCCUACAUGUGCCAAGUUUGGAAAGGGUCAUGUUGGUGACUGCUUGGUAGGAACAGGAAAUUUCAUUGGUUGUGGCAAGAAUGGUCACAAGGUGAGAGAUUUUCCAAAUUUGAAGGGUAAAGAGAGGGGUGAUCAAGUUCAAGAAAGGGGUUCUAGUGAUGGUCCCAAAAAUAACCGUUUCUAUGCUCUCCGCUCUAGGGGUGAGCAAGAAACUUCUCCUGACGUGGUGACCGAUAUGUUUAAAGACUUUACUAUUGAUGUUGUCUACACCGGUGGGUAA